AUGCAAGCCGAUAACCCAAGCAGCAUCAGCCCUCACCGCCGCCGCCGCGGGUGGCAGCCCUCACCGCCUCCCCCCAACACAAAGCAAGGAGACAGCUGUCGAAAGAGGAGCUCUUGCUGCCUUCUCUGCACAAGACAGACACCAGAGAGUGGAGAACUGGGGACCUCGUUUCCGAAACGGUGGAUCAGCAUAGAUAGAAAGAAGUAGUGAGAGCACUCCAGUCCAGCUGCUGCUGCUGCUGGAGGAAGAGGAGGAGGAGGGAGGAAGCUGCGUUCGGAUGGAGAAGAGGAGCAACACAACCAGAAGAAACGGCCACAAGUGAGCAGAGUGCCUGCAGGCUUGUAGAUGUGCAGAAGGCACAGUGCAAGUUCAAGUCCUGGGUGCCAGGUCCAGUGAUUCAACCCCAGACAGGACACCAAGGAAGUGACAGAAAAAGGGUGCCAUGGGGGUUAGCCUGGGACAGGAAGUAAGCUGGCCUUUCCUGUUCUUGCUGCUCAUGAUCACAAUGUCUUCCAUCCAAAGCCAAGGAUGCCCUCAGCGUUGUGAGUGCAUGGCCAAGCUGAAGGCCGUGUCCUGUAAUGGAAAACGUCUUUCUGCACUGCCAGAUGGAAUCUCACUAGACACCAAGGUCUUGGACCUAAGUGGGAAUAAACUGCGCUGGAUAGAGCAUGGCGACCUGCUUCCAUAUACACGUCUGGAGAAGCUGGACCUAAGCGAUAACAUGAUCAGUGUCCUGGAGCCCAAUGCUUUUGCUAGUCUUCAGAACUUGCAUUCACUUUCACUGAGGGGUAACCAGCUAAAGCUGGUCCCCAUGGGGGCUUUCUCACGUCUCUCCAACCUAACUUCACUGGACCUAAGUGAAAAUAAAAUUGUAAUUCUUUUAGACUUCACUUUCCAAGACCUAAAGAGUCUAAAGAACUUGGAGGUUGGAGACAAUGAUCUGGUUUACAUAUCAAAUAAAGCCUUUCUUGGUUUAGUGGGACUCCGAGAGCUGACAAUUGAAAGGUGCAACCUGACUUCAGUGUCCAGCCAGUCAUUGUCCUACCUGCAUAACCUCGAGACUCUUCGGCUCCGCUACCUCAGUAUUAUCACCUUGGAGGAUCAGAAUUUCAGAAAGCUGGGAAACCUGAGGGGUCUGGAGAUUGAUCACUGGCCCUUUCUUGAAUAUAUCUCUCCCCACAGCUUGCAGGGUCUUAAUUUGUCUUGGUUGUCUAUCACACACACCAACAUCACCUCUGUGCCCACCUCUGCCCUCCGCAGUCUGGCUUACCUCACCUCCCUCAACCUGUCCUACAACCCUAUCUCUGUGCUGGAGUCCUGGGCUCUGCGGGACCUCCUCAGGCUCAAAGAGCUGCAUCUAGUCAAUACUAACCUUGCUAGAGUACAGCCUUACGCACUUGGUGGUCUCAGGCAAAUUCGCCUACUUAAUUUUUCGACAAACAGCUUGGUGACCCUGGAGGAUGGAGCCUUUCAGUCUGUCAACACUCUGGAGACGCUGCGUUUGGAUGGAAACCCCCUGGCCUGUGACUGCCGCUUGCUCUGGAUUCUUCAGCGCAGGAAGACUCUUAACUUUGACAAUGCCCCUCCAGUGUGUAUGACACCCGUUGAGGUGCAAGGACGGGCUCUUAGCGCGUUUUCUGACUCGGCUCUCUUUGAUCACUUCACCUGCCAGAAGCCCAAAAUACGCAACAGGAAGUUGCAGCAAAUAUCUGCCCGAGAAGGCCAAGUAGUCUCAUUCAUCUGCAGAGCAGAAGGUGAACCAACCCCUGCCAUUUUCUGGAUUUCUCCACAGCGCCGCCGCAUAACCACAAAAAGUAGCGGCCGACUUAUUGUGUUACCAGAAGGCACGCUGGAAAUACGGUAUGCCCAAGUAACAGACAGUGGAACAUACAUCUGCAUAGCCAGCAACGCUGGUGGAAAUGACACCUACUUUGCUACCCUCACAGUAAGUGGGCUGCCUCUAGACGCAGCCCUCAUGUCCAACCGUACGUAUUAUGCUGGGGACCUUAAUGACACAAAUCUGAACGAUACCAGAGUUUUCUUGAAGUUUACUCUUGACCUGAAGACCAUCCUCAUAUCGACAGCGAUGGGCUGCAUCAUGUUUCUGGGAGUGGUCCUGUUCUGUUUCAUUCUGCUCUUUGUGUGGAGUCGAGGGAGAGGGCAGCACAAGAACAAUUUCUCCGUAGAGUAUUCUUUUAGAAAAGUGGAUGGACCCGCAACCAGUGGGGGACAAGGAGGAGCACGCAAGUUCAACAUGAAAAUGAUCUGAUUGCUCAGAAUUUCUAUUUUUUAGUCCCUAAAACGGUUUCACAAACUAAGGCACAAAGUGACACAGCAGAUAGUAAAGUAGACUCUUGUGUUACGAAAACAUUACAAUUAAUCAUUUCAGAGACCUUUUUUAUACCAAGACAAACUUUUGUUAUUGAAAACCAACUGUAUGCAUGCAUAAAGGUGUUGCUUUCACAU